AUGGCCCCUUCAGUUCUCAUCAUUGGCGCCGGCGGUGCAUUUGGACGGCCUCUGGUGGAAGAAUUUAUCAAACAAAAAUCUCACUUCUCCAGGGUUGGCAUCCUAGCGGAUCCAGCCAAAGUGUCCAAGUUUUCCGAUGCCGUAGCUCAAGGUAUCGACGUUGUUCCUGGCUCCUUUUUGGACCCCAAGGCCUAUGAAGGCUUUGAAGUUGUUGUAUCGCUGGCGGGCAAUGCCAUCAUGAGGCUGCAGCCUGCCAUGAUUGAGUCUGCUAUUGCAGGCGGAGUUCGUCACUUUUACCCCUCGGAAUUCGGAUCAGAUGUUGCCCAGGACAGUCUCAAAACUUUCCGCUACUUUCGUGAUAAGCGAGUGACUCGCGAUCAUCUUGCGGCCAAGGCCAAGGAGCAUUCGGACUUUUACUAUACGCUCAUGCUGACUGGCAUCUUCACCGAGUGGGCCGCAGAUCCAUUUUACGGGGUUGAUGUUGAGGCACAUGUUGCAAAUACCUAUGGACGCCCGGAUGCGCAGAUCUCUGUGACAUCAAUUCCUGACAUUGCGAGGUUUACUGUUGAGUCUAUCUUGCUGCCUCUGACUCCCGGAGUUCAAAAACGCGAAAUCCGAGUGACUGGAGAACGUACAACCUGGCAAAAGUUCAUUGAUGACUUGGGCGAGGUUCAGGGGGCUAAAUACCAGUGCACAUAUCUGGAUCCUGCCGAGGCUGCUGCCAAGCAAGACGAGGCCCGAAAGAGUGGCGAUGAGGUCGCCGAGCUGAUGUGGUCAGUCAAGCCCCUGGCUGCCUCCGGAAACGGAAUCGUACCUGGGCAGCUGGAUAAUGACAAAUUCUCCUUCCGGCCGGAGUCUGUCAAGGAGACUUUCAAGCGGGUCUAUGGAUAG